GCUUCACACCAACAAAGACAAGUACUAAUCGGAAUCGAAAAUGCCAGUUUCAGCUCCAUCUCCGCCUCGUCUUCAAUCUCCGUUCAUUCAUUGUCCCAUCAAUUUCACUCCGUCUUCUUUCUCGGCGAAGAAUGUCCGGUCGCCGUCAACAUCUUAUCCCCGAAUCAAAGCUGAACUCGAUCCCAACACGGUAGUCGCAAUCUCUGUUGGCGUAGCAAGCGUCGCAUUAGGAAUCGGCAUCCCUGUGUUCUACGAGACACAAAUCGACAAUGCCGCUAAGCGAGAGAAUACUCAACCUUGUUUUCCCUGUAACGGUACCGGAGCUCAGAAAUGCAGAUUGUGUGUGGGAAGUGGUAAUGUGACUGUAGAGCUUGGUGGAGGAGAGAAAGAAGUAUCUAACUGUGUCAACUGUGAUGGUGCUGGUUCCUUGACUUGCACUACUUGUCAAGGCUCUGGUGUUCAACCUCGAUACCUUGAUCGAAGGGAGUUCAAGGACGAUGACUAAAUACCUUGCACUAGAGAACAGAUCCAAGAGUCUCUUUUUCUCCCUUCUCACAUUUCUUCAUUGUACUAUACUGUUUUGUUCACCAAACAUGUUGAGAGAAAUCAUGACAUGGAUAUUGUAACUGUUAAAGAAAACCACCAGAGUUCAAUCAAAUGUUUCUUCUGUUGUAAUGAAGUAACAUGACAUAA